UCCAUGGGGAAUAACACGGAGGUGAGUGAGUUCAUCCUGCUGGGACUGUCCAGUGCUCCAGAGCUGCAGCUUCCCCUCUUCAUCAUGUUCACUCUCAUCUACCUCGUCACCCUGGCUGGGAACCUGGGGAUGAUGACAUUGAUCCUGCUGGACUCGCGGCUCCACACCCCCAUGUACAUUUUCCUCAGCAACCUGUCUCUGGUGGACUUUUGUUCCUCCUCAGCUGUCACUCCCAAGGUCAUGGCUGGGUUGCUUAUGGAAGACAAGGUCAUCUCCUACCACGCCUGUGCUGCUCAGAUGUUCUUUUUUGCAGGCUUUGCCACCGUAGAAAAUUACCUCCUGACCUUGAUGGCCUACGAUCGCUACGUGGCAGUGUGCAAACCCCUGCAUUACUCCACCAUCAUGACGAGCCCCCUGUGUGCUCGUCUGGCCCUAGGCUGCUAUGCCAUCGGUCUGGUGAAUGCUUCUGUGCAAAUUGGAGACACGUUCUGCCUCUCUUACUGUGUGUCCAAUGUGGUCCAUCACUACUUCUGUGAUAUUCCAGCUGUCAUGACUCUGACUUGCUCUGACAAGCACAUUGCUGAACUGAUUCUUGUUCUCGUGUCAACCUUUAAUGUCAUUUUCGCAUUUCUUGUUAUCUCAAUUUCCUACCUAUUCAUAUUUGCCACUAUUUUGAAGAUGCACUCAGCUUCAGGGUACCGGAAGGCUCUGUCCACCUGUGCCUCCCACCUCACUGCUGUCUCCAUUUUCUAUGGGACUGUCAUCAUCAUGUACUUACAGCCCAGCUCCAGCCACUCCAUGGACACAGACAAAAUCGCCUCUGUCUUUUAUACCAUGAUCAUCCCCAUGCUGAACCCUGUGGUCUACAGCCUGAGGAACAAGGAGGUCAAGAGCGCAUUCAAAAAGCUUAUUCAAAAGGCAAAAUCUUCUCUAGGUUCUGUCCUUUAA